CUCAUUUCCACCACCCUUAAUUAAUUAACGCCGUUUUUAAAAGUAACAAAGUGACGACGAGACGACAAGAACAACUCACAAUCAUCUCACAAUCAUUCACACUACUUCACGGAAAAGAAACUACCGGUACAGUAGACUAUCUCAACUAACUAAACUCAAUUAAACUCAGCUCACAACAAUGUUAUUCUGGACAAGCGCUCUUCAAGUGGCGGCAAAAAUGGAUCGAAUUAAAGCUGCCGAAGAAAAGCUCUUGACAUUGGCUCGGGAAUUUGGCGGUCGCCAUGGACACGAGUUCCAGAUUUCAACAUUUGAUACGCAAUUCCCGCGAUCCGUCGUCCCAUUAGUGGCUCAUCAAGGCAAUGGUGAAGAAGAACAGCUCCAUAUUCAUGCCGUCAAGGUUCAAUGCAGUGACAAGCUGAACGAAAACAUCAACAACAAGACCGAGACCCCACUUGUCUUACUGCAUGGGUACAUGAACGCUGCCGCCUAUUUCUACCGCAAUCUGGUCGGAUUGACGCAUUUCUUUCAAACAGUCUACUCCCUGGACAUGCUGGGAUGGGGCAUGUCCUCUCGACCCGACUUUCAGUUGCAACUAUGCGACAGUAAAGAUGAGAUUUUUGCCACGGAAGAAUUCUUUGUCGAAUCCUUGGAAGCCUGGCGAAAGGCUAACAAUAUCCCCAAAAUGAUACUGGCGGGACAUUCCAUGGGUGGAUACAUGGGCAUUGCCUACUGUGAAAAGUACCCGCAACGAGUGGAACGCUUGAUAUUAUUGAGUCCAGUGGGCGUUCCCGAAGAAGACGAGGCCGUCAUUCAACGGCGACAAGCCCAGAGACAGAGUUCCUGGAGGUACUGGGCACUGUCGGAGGUGGCCUAUUUCAUCUUUCAAUACUCCUCGGCCGGUUCCGUCUUUCGCAAAAUGCCGGCCAGCUGGGGGGAAAACAUGGUUUUGACCUAUGUUCAGAAACGAAUGCCCUCCAUUUCCGAUCCACAGGAACAACAAGCCAUUGCCGAAUUUCUAGUCGCCAACAAUAGGCUGCCCGGGAGUGGAGAACAUUGUCUCAACAAGGUUCUGGAAAUGGGCGCAUUCGCCAAACGACCCAUGGAAUACCGCAUCCCAGACCUGCGCGUUCCUUCUGUUGCCUUUCUUUACGGAGACCACGAUUGGAUGGACCCCAAGGGUGGCCUCAAGGUGCAAGCCAAGUGUCGUCGCAACAAUGCAACUACUAGUCCGGAUAUUACUGUCUACUCGGUGCGAAAUGCCGGCCAUUUGCUCAUGUUGGAGAAUUGGCAAGAGUUGAACGCGGGAGUCAUUCUAGGAGCCGGAGGGUCCAAAAACCACUUGCCAGUUGGGACUCCCUUGCCGGAUGUAUUGGAUUCUUCCAACUACUACAACAAUGUUUCUGAAAAUAGUUGGAACUCUGGCAAUGAAUCCAAAGGACGAAAUGGCCUGUCUAAAUCCAGUUUGUCCAAUGACAGCAUUGCCGAACCAGCUGGCAGUGCUGUUUCUGUAGAACAAUAGAGUACCAUUGGUAGUAUUUUUAAAACAGAUAAAUGGCCAGUGGGACGCCCCACCGGUACUAUCAAUGCAAGCAACUAGUCAGGAGGCGCUCUUGAAAUGUCACAGG